GAGGAGCGUAAGCUGCUCUGCCUCAGUCAGCAAAGUGUCUUGGGAUGGCCCAGUGCUCAGACUCCUUUGGCGAGAGGAUGCUUUCCUCCUCUUCCGUAUUGUUUGAUCAAGGAAGAGUCAAGAGGGUCCGGAAGGUUAAGCGUGUUUCGGGCGCAAGCCAUGAGCCUGGACAUCCCUGCCCCCCACGAGCAGUAGAUUUCCGACAGAAAGGCGGUCCCUGCCCUGCCCGUGUUUUACUUGCAAAACCUGCCUGGAAAGUAAAGCUGGUGCCUGGACUGGGCUUUGGAGGGUGGCGGUGGCGGGGUAGAAAUUCUGGUGGAAAUCCCAGGCGAAUGAGACCCUCCUGAGGGGCAGGAGCUGAGGAAAUGGGCUUCUAGGUGAGCUGCGGAGAUGAGGACCCCCUACGGAGCAGCCCAAGGGAGGGUGGGGUCUGGCCACGCCAUUGAUCUGAGAAGGCGAGUUCUCCCCAGAGCAGAAACCUUUCUAGGAGUUUGAUCACCGCAAGACAGGACAUGGGGCUUGUGAAGAGCAGGAGACCCUUGGCCGAGACCCCCCCUGAAGAAGCUGUGCAGAGCCCUGUGGGUCUAAACCAGCUCCCGGAUGAAGUGCUGGAGCUGAUCCUGAGCUGGGUGCCCGCCCGGACCCUGGUGGCCCGCUGCCGCCUGGUGUGCCGCCGGUGGCGCGACCUCAUCGGGAGACCCACCCUCUGGAAGCUGCAGUGCGAGAGGGACCCUGCCCUCCAGGCUGUCCUCCAGGCUGCCCAGCGCUGCCCCAGGAUGGACUGGUGCCGGGUGGCGGUCCUGCGCCCCUUCGGGAGGAACCUGAUCAAGAACCCCUGCGGAAAUGAGCAGUUCCGGCACUGGAACAUCCAUUUUUCAAAGACCCGAUGCUUUUUGGAAAAGAGCAGGAGAGCCUCGGCAGCCACAGGAGGAGAACACCCCGGGUUCACUGCUUGUUAUCGCUGGUAUUCAAAAUCGCAGGUGGUUGAUUUGCUGCAAGAAGGUUUUUGGGAAGAUCUCCUGGACUUCUACCAACCCGAUAUUAUUAUUUCUGACGGGUGGGACAUCCGCCGCUCCACUGGCUGCGAAUACUCCAUGGCGGUCACCCUCCUGGCAGCUGACCAGGCCUCAGUGAUCGCUGAUUUCAAGGCCCAACCGGAUUCUACUUCACAGCGGAACUUUCCUGGGUAUAAUGAGGUAUCCCAUGUGUUCAGAAACUAUGGCCCUGGAGUUCGCUACAUACGUUUUUGGCAUGAAGGGAGAGACACACAGUACUGGAAAGGGUGUUUUGGAAUUAAUUUCACAAACUCCAUGGUUUUGGUUAAACUCUCCCAGGAGCCUGUGUGACCCCCCCCCCAUUGGUGCAGGCUUUUCACUGCCCCCUCAACAGAUUCCCCUGACUGCUAAUGGAGAACACCACUUCCUCCCUGGGACACCGUCGUCAGGAUCCUGUUGCCCAAAGGCAGAGCAUAGGGGCAAUGGCCUGCGCCCACCUCUGUCUGGAGUGUCUUCCCCACCUCCAGCUGGUUUCCCAUCCAGUGGCUGAGACACAGAUGUAAUUGCUCUGCUCGUCCGUAUCUAGGCAUUAGGAUUCAGGCCAGUGUUCCUGGCAGAACGGCUGGUUGCCUUCUGUGGCUUGGCAGUCUUUGAGGGUAUGGGGCUCCUGAAUGUUACUUCUGCUUCUAUAACAAAUAAAG